UGGGGGGGGGGGCAGUUUGCUGUUGGUCACGGGGGUUUGUGGAGCACGUAUGAAUCUGUUGCUAGAAGCGCUCGAAUGCUAGUUAGCCCCGCUGCUAAGCAGCUAGCAACACUGCGAAUCAAUUGUGUCGGAGAUCUCGGAAAUACGUGUAAAAAAGCGGUUACGCUCAUCCGCCGCUCUCGGGAUUCGUUGUGCCCGUUGAGUUUUUGUUUUUCCCCAAGUGAGGGGACGCUAAUAACCGAACGCUAGAGUUUCAAUUUCGAUGUAUUGUCAGCUGAGAGUUUUUUUUCUCCUCUCUAUUAGCUUGUUAGCCGCUCUGGUUGGUUUAGUCUAGCUUGUUAGUGGUGUCGGAGAUUUCUACUGUAAUAGCUGUCAGCGACAACAGCCCCUUGUUCGCAUAUUUUUGGACAUGAAUGAUUUCAUCGCGGACUGAGAGUUGUUUAGAGAAGCGAUACGUUGAGAUGCCGCGCGUGGGAUACUUAAUGUUUCCAGGGACGCUUUUAUUUUCUUGUUAGAGUGCUUUAUGGGAGUGCUAGUGUGCAGGGUUUUGCUUUAGAUAAUACUAGAAUUAAAACAUCGUUUUUCUUCCCCCCCAUGCGAACCGGUUAUCCACCUUUAUCCAUCCACCGCGCGUCGUUUUCAUGUGGUUAAAGCCCACAUUUCAGUCGCACUCUCGUUGUUUUCUUAUCUAGUGGUUCGUUUGGCUCCACGCUUGUGUUCACGCCGUCGGUGGUACAUGGUCGCUGAGACAGAGCGCUGAAACACGCUUUCAUUGGUUUGCGGCGGGGAAACGGCGAGAUUCGGCUCGAAGUAUUAUGGAUGAUCAGACCCGAAUGCUGGCUGGCAUGGGCGGACUCGGCGGACUCUCUCAGGCCGACGUUGGUGACCCCGAUUCGGUUCGGAAGCAGCAAUCCCUCGGUCAGCCGCAGCAAGACAUAGGGGAUAUUCUCCAGCAGAUCAUGGCCAUCACCGACGAGAGCCUCGACGAAGCCCAGGCGAGAUGCUGGCCAGAGGAGGCACCGGCGCAGUGGACCCCACAGAGGGAGGGGGAGCUGGGGGGGAGUACAGCAGGGUGUGCCCUGCCGCUCAACUUCCAGCACAGAAAACACGCACUGAACUGCCACAGGAUGAAGCCGGCUCUCUUCAGUGUUUUAUGCGAGAUCAAAGAAAAAACUGUGCUGAGCAUCAGAGGUGUACAGGAGGAGGACCCUCCAGAUCCCCAGAUCAUGCGUCUGGAUAACAUGCUGCUGGCCGAGGGAGUGUCUGGGCCCGAGAAGGGCGGCGGAUCAGCGGCGGCGGCCGCAGCUGCAGCAGCGGCUGGAGGAUCACCUAACGACAGCAGCAUCGAGCACUCAGACUAUAGAGCCAAACUCGCACAGAUCCGCCAGAUCUACCACUCCGAACUAGAGAAAUAUGAACAGGCUUGCAGUGAGUUCACCAAUCACGUGAUGAACUUACUGAGGGAACAGUCCCGCACACGGCCUAUCUCGCCCAAAGAGAUCGAGCGCAUGGUGGCCAUCAUCCACCGCAAGUUCAGCUCCAUCCAGAUGCAGCUCAAGCAGAGCACCUGUGAGGCCGUCAUGAUCCUUCGCUCUCGCUUCCUUGAUGCCAGACGUAAGAGACGCAACUUCAAUAAGCAAGCCACAGAGGUGCUGAAUGAGUACUUCUACUCUCACCUCUCCAACCCUUACCCCAGUGAGGAAGCCAAGGAAGAGUUGGCCAAGAAAUGUGGGAUCACUGUCUCUCAGGUCUCGAAUUGGUUUGGCAACAAGAGAAUUCGGUACAAGAAGAACAUUGGUAAGUUCCAAGAGGAAGCAAACCUGUACGCCGUUAAAACAGCCGUGGAUGCUGCCAAUGUGUCGGCACAGGCCAGCCAGGCAAACUCUCCAGCAACACCCAACUCAGGGUCAUCUGGGUCGUACACCCUCUCUCACGCAGGAGACGCCUACCUCGGGCUGCGUUCACUCGACGGGGAUGGCGUCAGCGUCACUCCCGCUGUGCAGCAGCAGCAGGUGGAUAUCCUGCACCAUGCUACACACCUGACGGCAGACUAUGAAGAUCUGUCAGGAAGUCCUCUUUACACCCCACACCAUCUAAACGCUAACAACAGCUGGCAAGACAACACCAACCCUUCCUCCAUCACUUCUCCACCAGGACCACCUGGCAGCAUCCACUCUGACAUCUCCAGCUAAUGAGGCUGACGCAACACACACACACAGAGCAUCUCAUCAUCCAGUCUCGCCCGUUAUCUCCUGCUCACAGCUUUCGUCCUUCACUCUAGCAGAUGUCAAAGGUCUUCCAUAGUCCUCGUUCCACUUGGUGUGCCAGGGUUCACACGCUGGACCAGACUGAAACACACGCACUCCUCGAGCAAGACACCUAACGUCACAUUUGCUGAGGAUGAAUAAAAACACACGUCCUCCUCAAAGGUCUUCACAAAGGGUGGACGGUCUACGCCCAGCUUCAUGUUACCUUUCCUGUUUCGACCUGUCAUGAUGGGGAUUACGCAACAGCUCCCUCCUCGCUUGUACCAAAGUGCUGUCAACGUUUGUUGCACCUUCUGCUCUUCGUAGAACAACCUAAGACAACUAAACCAUGAAAACGCCAUUCAGCCUGCUUUUUAAUAUGGUUUCCAGUCGCUGCUUCUGGCUUUCUCACAAAACAAUCUGUCCUGCAUUGUUCAACGUUGUGUUAAGCACAAAUCCUGUCAAUAACACUUUGAGCUGCUGGUUGGAUGGAGAGAGAGAGAUCCAGAUCCAUCAGUGUAAAGGUACGCUGGACAUUUGAACACUCUGACUAGCUGAUCGCAGGAGAGUACGGUGUGAAACGAGGGAAACGUGAAGAGUUCACCGAGGAGUUCACUUUGCCCCCCUCAAAGAUGCACCAGCCACCAAAUAAAAGACUCGACAAGAACUCUAAGCCCUUGUGUUCGGGAAAGGGGUUGGACGGACAGCUGGAGUAUUCGUUUGGGUAUUUAGAAAUAUUUUUAAAGGGAAAGAAAAAAAAUAUUCCACUGUCUUCCAUGCAUGUAGGGUGUUGAGAUGUUUUAGUGAUUCCAUUUAGCCUAAUCUUUAUUUUUUUUGACAAAAAAAAAAAAUAUUAUAAAAGGAGAGGGUGUGAGGAACAGACCAAAUAAACAAAUGAACUUCUCCAGAAAUGAAAACGUCAUACUGCCCAAUCCAGUACUUCGUGCUGGUGUUUGGUGAUAUUUUAUCGCACGUUUUCACAACAGGCAUCCGUGACACACCGACCACGUUUCGCGAAAACCAUAGCAGCUAACGAGGCCAUAGCAGCUAACCAAUAAUUCUGACCACGUAAACCGUUACAGAUAUCAUGAAGUUUUUUUGGUUUGCCGUGUGCUAUGGCCUCUCAUGUUACUGUGUUGUGUGUACGGGUGUUUGUUUUCUAAGGGUUGGGUCGUCUUGUCACUCACUCGUGCUUUUGAACUGAUUGUAUUGUACGUGCAAUUGAAAGCACCUGUUCCUUGGUAAAGCAUGCUGUCUUUUUUUUUCUUUUGUUGUUGUUGGCUACAAUUUCACUAAACAAAGGAACUCUGUUGUUUUGUAGUCAGUUAACAUAGCCAAGCAACAAGGGCUUUUCUCCUUUCAAAUUUAACCAAAAAUAAGCACUGGAUGUGUUGUGAUUUGAAACAGAUGGACUAAAGCUAGUAGAGGAACAUCAGAUGAAUUUAUAUUUACUUUUUCCAGACAAGUUGUUUGUAUUCCCGGAACUUGUUUUUAUGAUUUGCGGGGGGGUUUCCCCCCUCUAUUUUUUUCCCCAAGUUUACCUUUAGUCGCGGAAGCACCAGGGCGUUUUGAUAUAUGAAUGGAAAUUCUAUAUAUUACACAAAGGACUAAAUAACAUUGAAAUGUAAAUUGGGGUUUUGUUUAUAUGUACACAUGGAAAAACAAACUCUGAGGAGCUUUCCCAGUUAUUAUUGUGUCCUCUAUAGAUUACUGUUAGUUAUAAACAUUUCAUAUGGAUAUCUCCAACUAAUGCUAUUACUACACCAAAUUUCUUUUUUUUUUUCUUCUUUUUUUCUAUCAGUCAUCUAUGGAUGUCACUGUACAGAUUGUGGAAUGUUUCAGUGUAUUUUCUCUUUUUGUAUGCUUUUAUUUUUGAUGUUUUUUUAAUCGCUGGCGGCUUUGGAUUCGCUCAUGAGCAAGAGUAAUAUUUGUUAGUCUUUGUAAUAUUAAUUUUAGCGUUUCACUUACAUUUGAUUUGGAUCGGGAGUCUCGAGUGUUAUUUUUGUUGUGUGUGGUUUUGUCAAAGCUGGUAGCAUUUGUUUGAGGUGCUGUGAAAAUCCCACUACUAACUGACAAGAAGAAAAAUAGGAAUAAAUUUGGAGUAAAUGCAUAAGCUAUGUAGCAGAAUAAGGAUUUUGAACACUACAUAUCAUAGGUAGAUUUGGAGUUCCUAAAUGUCUUUUUCCCCAAAAGUGCAUCCAUAGAAUCUGUUUGGAAACUUGGGGUUAUGAUCGGAGGUGGAUUCCACAGCACCGCAUCAAAUGACAUCAGCAUUUUUUCUCGAUUUUUAUCAUUAUUUUACUAGAAUUGUAGUACACGCUUCCUUCUGUAUUUACCAUUCUCUCCCUCCUCUCUACCUCUCCUCUCUCCAUUUCACUUGUAUAUAAACCCCACCAUUUUCAGACUUGGUAGUCUGUAUAAACUCCUUUUAUACCUCAACUUUAGAACUGUUCUAGUGAGAGAGG